UACAAGUAAAGGAAAUCGAAACUGUAAUUUGCUACCGAGCGUACCAUUCGCUUGUAAAUGUAAAUACACAUAGCACAAAAUGGGGUCGGAUCAGUAUCGAGCAGCCUGCAAAAUUAUGUGUGUAUUGUGCCAGAAAUCAGACGAAACGGAAAUCACCGGCGCUCUUUCUUCCAAAGAGAACAUUUCAGCUCAUCAAAACUGUUUGUUGUUUGCAUCAGGAAUCUACUGCAAGAACUCGCCUACCUAUGAUGACCUGUUUGGAUUUGCUGUAGAUGAUGUAAAUCAAGAGCUGAGGAGAGGAAAGAGAUUAAAAUGCUCACACUGUGGGAAACUGGGCGCUACAGCAGGAUGUGAUGUAAAGCGUUGUAAGCACUCGUUCCAUUAUCCCUGCGCCAUAGAGGCCCAUGGCAGAGCCAUUGAAGACAUUGCUAAAGGAAAUUAUAAAUUGUUCUGUAAAAAGCAUGACCCACAAGCCAACAGAACAAGUUCAGUAAAUUCCUUAACUUCUAGUCCUAAUACCUCAAGAUGUGCAUCAGCUGACAUUAGUGGACGAAUGCUUGAAAAGAGUGUAUCCAAUUCAUCUACAGGGUCAUCAGAAGCAGGAUUGCCCAGCGUGAAGAAGAGGAAGUUGACUGUAACAAUCUUAGAUUCUGAUGAUGAAGAGCAGACUGCCAUUGAGUCCAUGUUUGCUCCAGUCGAUUCAGAUGGCAGUACACCCCCAAAACAACACAAUAGUGAAUUUGAUUCACCAACAAAGUCACCAGAAUUGGAAACACCGAGAAGGAAGAAAACAGAGUUGUUUCGCAAAACACGCCUUGCAUACUCGGAGAAGUGUACGCCUCCAGUACAGCACAAAAAAACUCCUGUGCCUGAAAAUACAAGGCCCUCUGAAGAACUCAAUCCAUCAAGCACAGGAGCUGAUGGUGAUGACACUGACAUUGACUCAGAUGUUUCUCAGAGUUUAUUGCAUCCAUAUACUGACUUUAUGGAUUCAGGACCUUCAGUGGAAUCAGCUGUGUGUAACUCACCAGGGUCUAUCAUUGUGUCUAAUUAUGUGGAAUCACAACCCACAAAAAUGACUGCCCCAGAACCCAAUGCUCCAACCACCAACCCUAAGGUCUCUGGUUCUGCUGAACCUACACCAUGCCAGGACCAUUCAAGUGGUGUUCCUUUGAGUCAUCCAGGGUCACCCAACCAGUUAAUCUCCACUGCUGGCAUUCCAGAUGUACAACCACUCCCGCCAUCUGACGUCACAACUGAUCAUCCACCAGAACUUACUCCUCCACCAGUGGCGUCUACCUCACCUGAUCGUAUCGCAUCAGCAGAUGCUUGUAGUGUGGAUGCUAUGGCAAGCUCAGAAUCCAGUGCCGCCAUGUUCUGGGAUAGAUGUAAUGAGGCUGGAUGCACUAAAGAAAUCUUUUCUGAUCUCGUGUCUCAGCUAAGCAGCUUGGGAGAAAGUAUACAAUCACAGGAAGCCAGCCACAAUGACUACAAUGUUGCACUGAAAGUAUUGGAGGCAUCUGGACGGCUACCUUGGAUUAUUACUCAACUGGAACAAGACAUGGAGAAGCAGGAACAGGAUUUGCAGAGAAAAAAAGCAGCACUCAGGGAUGCCAGAGCUGUACUGGGUAUCCAUAGUCUAAACUAACAAGAUUGUGCUGCAGGGGCAAACGAACCAUUAGAACACUUUCAGAAAUUUCUAGGCUCUUCCCGCUGCUUUUCAUCAAUGACUACUGGGCAAACCAUGUCAAGUUCAUUCUAUGCUUUUCAAUGAAUAAAAUGAAAUGAGGAUCCUACAGGAAAGUACAGUGCAACAUAUAUCAUGCAUCCAAGAAGACAAUGCACAAAGGAAGCUUCAAGACACAAUAAGAUGGUAGAUAUACUGUAAAUGUUUGCAUUAUCAUGUUACAUCACGUAAUUAAUAUUCAUUAGCAAAGUUAAAAAGAUUUACCAUGUGUUACCCCUCCCCACUUUUCAAGUUUGUACUAAAAUCUUUUUUCAUUAUUAUUUUUUGACAGAAUUUCCUAGUUUUUAGCUUAGUGACUACAAUUAUUAAAAGGGCAACAGGGAAUACAUUUUGUAAGUGGUAGGACAUCAAUUAUCUUUAUGUAGUAACAACAGUGAUAUCUUACAGUAUAAGGUGUAACUGUCCAUAUUUUACAAAACUCUUAACUGGGUGUAAAUGGACUUUCACUCUUUACUCGCCGAUGCAUAAAUAUCUCAUAAAAGGGUUUAUAUACAGAUUUAAAUAUAAAUAAUAUUUUUUAAAGAAAAUAAAAAGGUUGUAGAUCUUCUUUGUAACUUAAGUUCAUCUUAGGCUGCUUUGUAUACAUUGUAUUGU